AAAGGAAGUUCUUUUAUAUCAACAAACAUUUUAUUCAUGACAUUCAGAAGAAGAGGUAUUUGUUUGGGCAUAAUCAAUUACAGAAUGUAGAUUACAACAAGGAAGGAAGCCUAAAAACUCAAAAUGGCUAAAUCAACCGAUAAUCGAGGCACUGCUAGUAAAAAUGACACCGAAAUCCCUAAAAAAAGUAUGUCUGUCUGUCGUAUAUUCCUAGGCUGUCUUGUUGUCAUCGUUGCUGUUUCGCUAGGGUUUCUUUUCCGGGAAAGACGUCAACGUGUUGCGGAGAUGGAAGAGAUUUUCGCCACGCACUUUGGUGAAGAAGCCUUGAAUAUGUUUAAGUCCUUUGAUCGUAACGCAGAUGGAUCUAUUGAUAUCUUUGAGUUUGAACCAAUAAUUGCCAGGCUGAUGGAAACGGAAGCAAAUGAACCAUUCUCAUUGGAAGAAGAAGAAAUUGAUCCUGCAGAAGAGGUUCUAACUAUUCAAGCAUUCUUUCAGCCUUUACUCCAAGAAACCAUGUCCAAAAAUAAAGACUCUUACUUCUCUGCAAAUGCAGAUUCUUUGACUGGAUUGGAUAAUUGGCAUGACCUUCAGAAGCAUAUAGAGGGGUUUGCUGUGUCAAAGUUCAGAGCAUUUCUACCUGAUCAAAUAAUGCCUUUAGGGGAAGCAUACACGGUGAUUGCAUCAAAUCUGAACCUGUUUUCGAGUCAACUGUCAAGCAAUCGAUUCUAUCCACCAAAGGUCAAAGGCAAAGAGGUCAUCAUUUACCAGUUGCUGUCGAUGUUUCAUGAGCGGCCAUUUGUACGCUCUAGGUUUGCACCCCAAGGAAGCGCAGCUGUCAUUAGAGCUCAGAAUGAACUCUAUUUUGAUAUUGCAUUUAGGAUCCAUGCAGAAUUUCAGUUGAACAAACCACCGUCAAAUCCAUUUUGGUUUACUCCUGGACAGUUCACUGGUAACAUCAUAAUGAGAAAAGAUGCAUCGCACAUCCAUUCCUUCCAUAUGUAUGUGCCAACUAACAGAAGCCUAAAUGUUGAUAUGGAAUGGCUAAAUGGCCCCAGUGAGACUGAGAACAUGGAGGUUGAUAUUGGCUUUAUGCCACAGAUGGAACUAACCGUGGAAAGACCUUCAGAGCAGUUUAGUAGACAAUUUUUGGCAAACAUUGCGUGGAAUAGUCCAUCGGAUGAGGAAAUUACCCAAGAACAAGCCAUGGAAGCAUUAGAGGUCAAACUGUAUCCAUUUAAAAAGGUAAAAUACUAUCCAUUUGAGGAAGCAUUUCAAAAAGCUGAGAGUGAGAAGAAGCUUGUGCAUUCAUUGCUACUGUGGGGUGCUUUGGAUGAUCAGUCCUGCUGAGGUUCGGGGCGGACUCUUCGAGAGAGUGCUCUCGAGAGUUCGCCCAUCCUGCAGCUCCUUGGAGACCGUUUCAUCAGCAGUUGGUCGCUGGUAAAUGAAUUGAAGGAUUUGCAGAAAAAUGCAGUCAACCAGAAUGCUGCUAAAUUUGCUUCACUUUCUUUAGAUGCUUAUACAUUUCCUGUGGAAAUUUUGGUCCAGUUUCCUAACGGAACUGUUAUAAAUCAUAUAAAUGCUAAUGAUUUGCUAGACGAAGGCCAUGAACAACAGGAGGCCAAUAUUCUAGGUUUAUUUACAGACCAGCUAACGAGUAGCUAUGACAAAUUUCUGAGAGAUAGUCUUGUCAAAGCCCAGAUGACAGUUUAAGUAUUUAAACAAAUUAUUUUAAUUUGUAUGUUAUUUUCAAAUAUGCCAAUAUCUUUCACAUUUUUUGUACCUUUUUUUUUCUUACAAUUGUUUAUCCAUUUAAAUGUUAUGAUCAUAGUCAACCGUGGUCUCAAAAAUCAACUUAUUACUUAACCUCACAAUGGCAACAAUACACCUUGUAAAUUUAAACCUUUUGUGUAUAUACAUUUCAAAUAUUAAUAACAAAAUAAUAGCUGUGUGUAUUAAUUAGUAGUUUUUAAAUUAGCUACUAUAUAAUAUUUAUUCCGAAAUUGCUUAUGAAACAACGGCACCUAUCAGUUUGAUGGUGCUUCCAAACACAUACAUAAACAACAUCUCAAUCAAUCAAAAGGCACAGUAUGAAUUUGACACGUGAUAAAAUAUUUUAUUUUUGUGUAAUUUUUGCAGCUGUAUUAGUGGUCUUGUCUAAAGUUAGCUGAGCAGAUAUGCUAUAGUUUAUCGUCAAGUGUUGUUGCUAUCUAGUCAAAUAAUCUAGAAGUUGUAUUAAUAAUACAUUAUGACUAACCAAGUGAAACAGAGAUGCAGGGGUGGUGCCAGUAAAGUACAGGUGCACCAUUAUUGGACAUAGAUUUUAAAUUUGAAUUUAAAAUAGUAAGCAAUGCAAAACCAAAUAUAAAUAUUACAACAAAAUUAUAAUGAAUAAUGAUGAUUGUAGCUGCAUUUUAGUUUGUGGCAUCAUUGAAACAAGGUAUGCAGAUUGAUGACGUCAUUUAUUUUUCAAAAUAACAUUUUUCCAAUCAUAAUGCCAGUAACAUUAGGCGACAGAAUUCGCUAGCUGAUGUUGGCAAUUCCUGUCAAAACCUUCGCAAACCACCAGAGUAUUUUAGUGUGACACACAGCAGGUCACGAUCCACAGUUUGCAGAAGGUUGAUGUAAAUAGUGCGUAAGUUUGUCUUCUGUGCACCAAGUAAAGUAAUCAAAUUGCAAAUAACAUCUCUAUUUGUUUACACCAUUGAAAUUUAAUAUUGCCACAAUUAAUUAGAUCUCUAAUAAAAGGAAAUGGGUUCAUCUACGAAUGAUCUGUUACAGAUCGAAAUAUUUAAUUGCAAUGGCAUGUGUUUCUUUAUAUUAUGUAGUAUGAUUUAUAUUUAGUUAUAGUUCUAAUUAAACUAGAAUACAAUUUGAUCAAAACAUAUUUUUAUGUGACGAUGUCUUCAUGAUGAUUGUUCUUUAAAGUAUAACAUUAUGCAGAGAACAGUUUGAUAUUUUAUACUGACAAUCACAUAGAAAGAUUUUUUGGUCUCUGGAUGUUGAGUUUUAUACAUCAGGGCUUCCAAAUUUUUAAUAAUUAUAAAAUCGUAAAGGGUGUCUAGUUUUGUAAAUCUGUCUUCUGUCACUAGAUUUUUAUGUUUAAUGUAUCGUUAUUUUAAGGAGUACUUUUUGGUAAGCUAAGGAAUAAAAUAUUAAGAUUA